CAUCAACAGAUCAGGCCAGCUCAGAUCGAUAGCCGUCGUCGUCGACAUGGCCGCCGGUUGCUUCGUGUUUCGUAACCUGGCCUCUCAUCUGUCCUCCAAAUCUACCGGAAGAAGCCUUUUCCUCCGCGCCACUACUAAGGCAUCGAGGAACUUCAACACCUUUCCAAGCACUCACACUAAUCGCAAGAUCAAGCCCUAUGGUUGUGUUGGAGGCAACAUUAACACGACUGUUUUAUUAAGUACAGCUGCCAAGGACCGGCUCGCCACAAUGGCAAACACCAAUUCCGGGAAUGCGGCAUUUGAUGGAAUGCACAAUAACAUGGCUACAAUCACAUUUUGUUUGGCCCUUUGUACAUUGAACGUUGUAUUUUUGUCCUUGGGAUCCAAGCGCCACGGCCGCCAAUCGGCCAGUUCAAAAUGCUGUACAAGCUCAAGCAACGAGUAAACUGAUGUUUGCAUGUUCUAUAUCAAAAUUGAUCUAAUUUUGCAGACACAAUUUUCUUUGGAAAUUUUGACUAAAGGUGUCCAUGCAAACAUGCCACUUUCCUGCUUAUUACAAUGAUGAGCAGCCUUUUUCAUUUUCACGGAAAUAAAAUAAUAAGACUAUGC